GUCAUUUUGGUAAUUUUCUAAGACAGCUAUGUCUCAGUAACCUCUUGUGACAGAAUAUUGAUGAUGUAUUCAAUCUCAUCAGCAACCUCUUUCAUCGAAGGUCGGUUUUGUCUCCGUUCGUUAAGGCACGCAGAUGCUAAAUUCCCGAGCUGCUGUAUCGUCUGCAUGUCAAUCUUGUUAGCUGUCUUCUUCAGCAGUGGAUCGAUGCAUUCAGUCAAUCUCUCUUGAUCCAUCAUCUUGUUAAUAUACAUCACCAGGUUCACAUCUUCCUCUUCUCUAGUGAAAUCUAUCGCCUUCUUCGAUGUAACCAUCUCCAGAAGCACAACCCCGAAGCUGUACACAUCGCUCUUAUCAGUUAGCUGGAAAUUCCGGUAGUAUUCUGGAUCGAGGUAUCCCAAUGUACCUUGCGCACCCGUGAAGAUAUGGCUCUCGUUAUUAGCGGUUUCUGUCAAAUCCACAAGUCUUGACAGCCCAAAGUCUGAAACCUUGGCGUUUAGCUUCUCGUCAAGCAAAAUAUUGCUUGACUUUACGUCGCGGUGGUAAAUGGGUGGCUGUGCUGCGGAGUGGAGAUAAGCUAAUCCUUCAGCGGUUUGGUAUGCAAUCUGCAGUCUGCGCCGCCAAGUCAGCGGUUUCCAAGUACGGUCUGAACUGCCAUGGAGAUGUUCGAACAGCGUUCCGUUGGGAAUAAACUCGUAGAUCAAGAGAGGCAAUUCAAGAUCAACACAGCAACCGAGAAGCCUAACUAAGCUUCUAUGAUUGACUUGGCAGAGAAUCCGGACUUCGUUUAGGAUCUGAUCAGUGCCUUUGGUGUUGUUAAGCUUUGCUCGUUUGAUCGCGGUUAUGGUUCCAUCCUCAAGAACAGCUUUAAACACUUCUCCAAAACCUCCAGUGCCUAUGAGAUUGUCUUUUGAGAAAUUGUUGGUUGCUUUCGUGAUUUCUCUGCCAGUGAAGAUUCUUGAUGAUUUUCCAGUGGAAUUUGCGCUAAGCAUCUCUUCUCGCUCCUUAACAAUGUUCUUGUGGAUAUCCUUUUUAACCUUUUGGUGGCUAUGUUUGGUUCCAAUUACUGCUACCGCAAUCGCUAGCGUAACUCCCACAACCGCAACAGCCGCACCUUCAAGAGCAAAGAAGUUAAAAUGGAGUACAAUCAUAUGGGCAUUUGAAUAUAUUUUUGGUUUUUCGGUUCAUCCUCUGUACCUGCGAAAACAACGGUCUUCUUCUUCUUUUUGCAGUGUUUCCCAUGGCGACAUUUACCACCUAAUACAUGAGCAUCGUUUCAGGCCGAGACUCGUUGGAUCAGGCAAGCAUUUUGAUUUACCCAACAAGAGGUUACAAUCUACAUCAGUUUUGCAAACUGGUUCUUUAGGCAAUGCCCAUUGCAACUCGAGCCCCGUGUCAGGCCAUUUUUUCCCGGGAGGAGGAACCUCUUUGUUUGGAUUCAGCCCCACGAAGCUUUGGUACGCGAGGCAUCCCCCACCGUUGAUCCUGAUCGUGUAAGCGGUUUGAGACCCGUCGGUUCUGAAGGUGCAACACAAGGGAGCCUUAGAACAAGGUGAUGCAUUGUUCUUGAUGUAGCUGUAACAUAAGCUGGUAGGACUACAAUCUAUUGGCGCCUGCAGACCCCAAAAUCUCUUGCAUAGCCUGAGAGCAAUUAAGGAGCAAGAUAGUGUUGCUACUAGUGAUGCUGAAAGGGAGAUGGGGGUCGAGCUCGAGGCCCUGUUUAGAGACAUCAGCUGAGAUACAGGAUACUGAGCUAGCAAGACCAGGCGGGCGUAGAACGAUCCGCUGGGUCACUGAGUUGAUGGACGUAAUGACAUAAGAUGACCCAUGGAGGGCACCGAAAUAAAGCUUACCACCAACACAAUUUAUCCUAUAGGCUUGAUCCCCGCAGGUUGGACCCGUGCUUAGAGGAUAAGGUACAACCAUAGGUCCGCAGUUAGGACACCGUGGUGGUCCGGCCAUGGGAGGUUUUGCCUUAGCAUGUCGGGCACAAGAAUGACCCGCGCAUGCUAGCCAUACGGUCAAGAGAGUAGGUAUCAAUAAGGCGUAGUAUGAUCGCUUCUUCUCCAUUUUGUUGUAUAACUAAUUAAGAGUGUGGACAAUUAGUGAUCAAAAGAUGUGAGUAAAAGUUUAGGUUUAUGUACUAAUGAAAGGUCAUUAUUAUUUAUUUAUGUUAUUGCUGUG